CGAGGCUCGCGGCGGAAAAGUUGCGGGGCGGUGAGGAGCGGCCGCGGGACGGACUGCGAGCGCGACGCCAAGCCGGCUCCGGGCGCUGCGGCCCAGCCAUGGACGACCUCGACGCCCUGCUAGCAGACCUGGAGUCCACCACCUCCCACAUCUCCAAACGGCCUGUGUUCCUGUCCGAGGAGCCCCCUUACUCCUACCCAACUGGAAACCAUACCUACCAGGAGAUUGCUGUGCCGCCCCCUGUCCCCCCACCCCCGUCCAGCGAGGCCCUCAAUGGCGCAGUCCUUGACCCCUUAGACCAGUGGCAGCCCAGCGGCUCCCGAUUCAUCCACCAGCAGCCGCCAUCCCCAUCGCCCGUGUACGGCUCCAGUGCCAAAACUUCUGGUGCCUCCAACCCCCAGGACGGCGUUGGUUCCCCGUGUUCCCGAGUAGGUGAAGAGGAACACGUCUACAGCUUCCCCAACAAGCAGAAGUCGGCUGAGCCUUCACCCACUGUGAUGAGCUCCUCCUUGGGCAGCAACCUUUCUGAACUUGACCGCUUGCUGCUGGAACUGAACGCUGUGCAGCAUAACCCCCCAGGCUUUCCUGCAGAUGAGACCAACUCCAGCCCUCCAUUGCCCGGGGCCCUGAGUCCCCACUAUGGCAUCCCGGAGAACAACAGCCCUCUGGGGGGCAAAGCCGGGCCGAUGACAAAGGAAAAACCUAAACGGAAUGGGAGCCGGGGCCUGGAGGAUGUGAGGCCCAGUGUGGAGAGCCUCUUGGACGAACUGGAGAGCUCCGUGCCCAGCCCCGUCCCUGCCAUCACUGUGAACCAGGGGGAGAUGAGCAGCCCGCAGCGAGUCACGUCCAGCCAGCAGCAGACACGCAUCUCGGCCUCCUCUGCCACCAGGGAGCUGGACGAGCUGAUGGCCUCCUUGUCGGAUUUUAAGACCAGCUCCUCCACUGUGGCCCUGAGCUCCCUGGGGCCCAGCUCAGCUCCGUCCUCACACCACACCCUUCCCCCUACUCCUUCUCCUCCUCCGGUGCCAUCUGCUGCCAGAUCCUCCUUCCCAGGCCAGGGCCACACCCAGGAGGUCCUCUGCACUGAGCAACACGGUCGGGGCCACCUGCCUCCUGGGGCUCCCAGCUGGCUUGAUUUGGCUGGCCUUGGGGUAACUCCUGAUUCCCCCAACUCAAGGUCUCCCUCUGCAGAGGGAUCUCUGGGGCCAUUUGGUGCUGAGAACCAAGUUCAAGUCAGGAGGGACCUGUUGAAACCCACACAUGAGCUCUGUGUGGCUCUGCCCUGCCACACUCCACCCACUGCUAGGAGUACAGGUUCCCUGGAGUCUGGAGACCCCCAGGGGCCACUGGUUAACCCUGUAUGUCCAGAGAAGGCCACGGAUGCCACUUGGGCGUGGCCAUGGGCUUUGGAGAUGUCCAGGCCCAAGACCACCCGCGGAGCUGCUUGCAGCUUCCAGGCAGUGACUGAGCCAGCCGUUGUGGCCGUGGACCGACAGGCCGUCUUCCCAGACACCUGGAGUCUCACAGAGGAGUGUGGCCAACAGAAGCAGAGGGUGAGGACACAACCCAGGGGGCUGGGGAGCAGCUGCCCUCCCCCGGUUGACGAGGAGCAGUUGGGUGGCAAGGUGCCCAAGUGGGUAAGCCUGGUUGGGCCAUCCCAGGAACCAGAGACCCCAAGGAUCCCAAAGGGCACCACUGGAGAGACUGCUGAGGCCAGCAAGGAUCAAUCGGAGCUUCCACACGCCACGGUCCUGGGCACACCCAGCGCCACGGAGAGGAUUUCCACCUCUGGCCAGAUCCGUUCUGUGAUCAGGAGGAGCCGGGAGACAGGCCACGCACACCCCAUGUCCCGGGAGCCUUCCCCUCGCCGCCGGCUGGACCCCGCGACCCUGAGCAGGACCCCAUCCCAGGAGCGUCUCAUCGCAGAGCUGCAGGGUCGGCUGGGCAUCCAGCCGGAGGCAGAGGAGGCAGCAGGGGCCCCCGCCCAGGACUGGCUGACUGAGGGCAUCGUCAUCACCGUGCAGCCGCGCGGGAGGCAGGCUGGGGGGCAGCUUGUAGAGAAGGUUGUCUUCCCUCCCGGCUCUCCCAUCCCCCUGAGAAGAACCACCUCUGUCCUGGCUUCUCCUCCUUCUGUCCCUUUGUACCAGCAUCACCAAGACACCUCGGCCUGCAGCUCUUCUCCCCUGCCCAGCCUGCCUCCUCCUUCCCCUCCGGGGCUCUCCGCCUGUACCUAUGGUUCUCCUGGGGUCCAGAGUGCAAGGGCAGAGCCCCAGGGCGAUGUGCAGGGCCCCAGCCCCCCCACUCCUGCACCUCACAGUGUGAGGUCCGUGGGCUGCCAGACCGAUGAGGACCCGCUCUUCCCCCCGAUGCAGAUCCAAGGCCUGGAACAAAGAGUGGACGGAGAGCUGUGCUGGGCGGCCAGUUGGCCUCCGAACGGCCGGCAGAGCAGUCCGGAAGGGCAAGACGAGGGAGGGUUCAUGGCCCAGGGAAAGACGGGGAGCAGCUCACCCCCUGGGGGGCCCCCAAAGCCCGGGAGCCAGCUGGACAGCAUGCUGGGGAGCCUGCAGUCCGACUUGAACAAGCUGGGCGUUGCCACAGUCGCCAAAGGGGUCUGCGGGGCCUGCAAGAAGCCUAUUGCCGGGCAGGUCGUGACCGCCAUGGGGAAGACGUGGCACCCCGAGCACUUCGUCUGCACUCACUGCCAGGAGGAGAUCGGAUCCCGGAACUUCUUUGAGCGGGAUGGACAGCCCUACUGUGAAAAGGACUAUCACAACCUCUUCUCCCCACGCUGCUACUACUGCAACGGGCCCAUCCUGGAUAAAGUGGUGACAGCCCUUGACCGGACGUGGCACCCUGAGCACUUCUUCUGUGCCCAGUGUGGAGCUUUCUUUGGUCCUGAAGGGUUCCACGAGAAAGACGGCAAGGCCUACUGCCGGAAGGAUUACUUCGACAUGUUCGCGCCCAAGUGCGGCGGCUGCGCCCGGGCCAUCCUGGAGAACUACAUCUCGGCCCUCAACACCCUGUGGCACCCUGAGUGCUUUGUGUGCCGGGAGUGCUUCACCCCGUUUGUCAACGGCAGCUUCUUCGAGCACGACGGGCAGCCGUACUGCGAGGUGCACUACCACGAGCGGCGCGGCUCGCUGUGCUCCGGCUGCCAGAAGCCCAUCACGGGCCGCUGCAUCACCGCCAUGGCCAAGAAGUUCCACCCCGAGCACUUCGUCUGUGCCUUCUGCCUCAAGCAGCUCAACAAGGGCACCUUCAAGGAGCAGAACGACAAGCCCUACUGUCAGAACUGCUUCCUCAAGCUCUUCUGCUAGGCCCGCCUCGCCACCGCCCCCCAGCCAGCAUCCCCGACGGCUACUGUGACCCAGAGACCUCGCCCGGGGUGGGGGCGAACGACUGGAACUGGAACGCUCAUCCUCACUGGGGCAGGAUGGGAAGAGCCAGGAGGGCGCCUGCCUGCCUCUCCUCGCCCCUGCCGGAACCUCUGGGCCUCCUUCCUCCUCCUGUGGAGCUCCCCAGGCGCCCGCCCUGCACCCCUCCCGGAGGUGGAGGUUGGGGGCCCCUCCUACACCACAUGCCGUCCCCAUGGGCCGGCCUGGCUAGGCCAGCACCCCACACUGGAGCCAUCUCUUACUUGUAUUUUGGUAGUGGAGUUGGGGCAGGGGGUGGCAGGCAAGGUCAGAUGGGGCAUCUCUAUCCUUGUCUGCCCCUCACCCCAACCUGACUAUCCUGGUGAGAGUGUUGGGGGAUCCCCAGCUCUCUCCAGACAAUGCCAGCAUCGAUUCAUCCCUCCAGGGCUGGAAGCGCCCACGGAGCCACGGGAGGUUCCUCAUGUCCUUCCUGCCCUUCCGUCUCCCCAGGCCGGGGUGACCGCCCCCCACCUCCCUGUGCCCUUUUGUAACUGCUCUGGUCCUACUGAGAAAGGCCUGUCCAGCAAUAAUAACAUUUUAUAGCCACUCCCUCUGUCCUGGGACGGCCGGCGUGAGGUGGGAGCACCGCCAGUCCUGGACACUGUAUCUGCCGACUUUGAUAGAUUUCUACACUGAGGUUUGAAUUCUUAAUCUCCCGAGUUGCUUUUACUUCUCUAUACAAAAUGAUUUUGAAGAGAUUUUAAAGAUGUUCCCUUUUGUAGUCUCCCCCUUGUCCACCGCCACUGGGCCCGUCGGCGCCGGGGCUCUGGAUUGGGAGUUUGCUUUGUACUGAGGGCUUGGGGUGGGGAAGCAGUUUGUAUUUUAUUUUUUCUUAGCACAAGCAGGUGAACUUGGGAGCAGCUCUGCACCUCCCCUUCUUUGCCUUCACAGCUCACCAGGACUGUUUUAUAAACUGCUGUAUUUUGAAACCCUUUCUUUAACUGCCCGGGUCAGUGAGCUCUUCGCUAGAGCUGGCCUCAGGGUGCCUGGCCCUUUGGGACCUGAACUUUUGAACCUCAUCUGUCCUAUUCCUGGGGGAGCACCCUGGUGGGCUGCUCCCUGUGCGAGUAAGCCGCGAGGAGCAUCCGCUCCCCAAUGGACGCUGUGGCCGCAAGGAGAACCCCCAGCAGUCCUUCCCGGCCCCCUCACCGCCUCUGGGCUCUUGUGCGUCCUCAGCAGAGCUGGAGUCUGAUUUUGACUUUAAAGAUCACACGGCUCUCUUGGGUCUUGGUUCCACUGGGGCUUUUCUUCCUCAAACGUCCUGCCCUCCCUGGAGUCUGGGUAGGGGUUUCUCCCCUUUUACAGGUGAGGCCGGCUCUCAGGCGGUCGGUCUGAGGAGGUGGUCCCAGGUUGUUGCACGGGGGCCUGAUGGGAUUUGGGGCAGAGGGAAAAGACCCCACUGGAGGCUCAGAAAGCCCCCAGAGCUGUCCUUCCCACAGCUGAGCAGGAGCAGCCAGGCCCAGGCUUCUUGGUCAAAGCAAAGAGGGUCUACAGUGGGGAAGAUGCAGACCGAACCAUGAGUCUCGAGCAGAGGCUGAGUGCAUAGGGGUCUCGGGAGACACUGCCUCCUUUGUGGCCGAGGUGUGGGGAGGUGAGCUUGGUUCCCCCAAAGGUCGCCUGUCUCCACUUCCACCCACGGGCCUUACGCUCUGUUUACAGUGACCCGCCCUGGGCCCUUCCCGAGAGGGGCUUCUGCGCUCUGUCCCCCAAGUCAAUGGUUACCUGAUGAUUCGACUUCAAUCUUUUUAUCCUGUGUAAACCUCUAAUCUGGCUUUUCCCAUUUCAAUUAUUGUGAUGUAUGCCAAUAAAGUUUGCCAUUAUUUUCAA